AUGCUUGUAACCCUUUCGGAGGUGCCCUUGACAACUGGUCAACCCUUUUGGAUAGGCGUUCACGAUGGGGAACAAAUUUGCAGUCUAGUAAAAGACGAGUAUAAGCUUGCCUUAAUUGUCGUGCGAAGGUGGCUACGAGGCAGAUUUUCCGACCGCCCCUACAUGGUGCCCUUCGAGCUCGUCAUGCGAUCGGCCUCUGAAUCACAAUAUCGAAAAGAGUUCAAGCGCUGUCUCUGUUUCUGGCUUCGAGUUCUACAAUUACCAAAAUCUGUGGUCCCUUCUGUAAUAGGGCGAGGCUCAUCUGGGCCACAGCGGGAAAUGCUGGAGCAACUUUGGUCAGAUCCAGCAUGGGAAAAUCGACCACCUACAGGUCUGUUCCGUAUGGAAGAGUAUGAUGAAGACGAAGAAGAAGUAGGGGAGGAAGAAGAAGACAGCGAAGAUGCGGAUGAGAGUGAUUACGAAGACGCCGACGAAACCAGGGAUGACGAAGAGAAGACCAACCCCCGGCCUGAGCAGGAACCUAACGUUAGAGUUAGAGGCUCAGCAAGUGCACCGGAGCCAUUCGUGGAUACGCACCCUCGACUUUCUCGGUCCUUUACCAGGCUCCAGGGAGCCAACUUCUUCCACGCUGCCCAUUCACUCGCCGCUGAGUUCAUUGAAGCGCAGGUAUACUUCGUCAUCGCAAUUGCGACUUCUGUUCUUUACGGGAAAUUCGCCUUGUGCCUCUUCGAUUGUGUUGUGGCAAAGGGUUGUUCUCCAGCAGGCUGGCGUUCUGAGGUCCUGACAGUGGAACUCUGGAUGUCAGGUCAUGUUUCUUGCUCCUCAGAUAACUCUCAAUUGCCCGGUGCCAUCUCUCGUCCCUAUGGAGCAAGCUGCCUGAACGCAUUUCCUGUAAACAUUACCGAGACCAUCAUAGUCUCGAAUCUAGCUCUCGAAUACUAUACGUCACUUAUUCGCUUAGUCAAGGGGCAACCUGUGAACGACGCGGAAUUCAUUCUCUCGAAGACAAAGUCUCCACGCUCUCUCAACCUCCCGGUGCAACUGCAAAAGGCCCUGGAGAGCUUCUCGAUGGUAAAUCGGUGUCGGGGCAGGGAUAUACAUGAGGUACUACGAUAUCUACUGCUCGAAGAGCAAACGCCCGGAAAAUGA